AUAGGACGAUCCGAGGCGCAGCUCUUGGCGGCUGACCAAACUGCUGUGUGGUGGAUGCAAUGAAAUCGAAGAAAUCUGCCUUUGCCAACACUUCGACGGGCUACGGCAGGCACAAGCACAGCGGACACGGCAAGGGUCACGGACACGGCCAGGCACAGUCCGGCAAGGAUAAGGCCGAGGGCGGCGGCAAAGGCAAGUCCCGAGAGGUCAAGGAUCAGCAUGAGGUGAAAGAGGAGCAGGACAAGGAUUUGAAUUCCGGGUUCGGCGACUAUCUACGCACACCGGAGGCAUUUGAAAUGAUGAAACUGUUUGUUUUUGCCAAUACGAUUAUGUUGAUUGUCACCAUGGCCUGGCCCCAUAUCAAGGAGCAGUUCUACAUGAUUAACCAUUGGCUGGAGACCUUCCGCGAGGACCAUCGCAUGUAGAUUGUCAG